AUGUCUUCGCGCGAUAGAACGCCGCCAAAGACGACCGGCCCGCAGUCGAUACCUUUACAAGAUCUUUCCAGACCCCCGGACCAUUCCUCUCCUGCAGAUGACGAACCCAUCAGAUCCGGAGGGGGGUUAUUUGGUCACAUUCAUAGACACAGUCGCACUAGGUCGUUGCUGACAGGCCGGCGGACGCCCAACUAUGCCCGCCUCGAAGAAGAAUCACCAACAAGAGGUGGAACUUCAUACCAACCUGUUGGGCUCUCGGUAAGAGGUGGAAGUGGCAGAGAGUCCCCUCUCGAAGAUGUUGAAGGAUUUGCAGCUGCUACGGUUGGCCUGGAAUUGCCUCCACCAUCCACUCCUUAUAAUCAUGCGAUGCGACGGCCCACUAUCAUCACGACACCUGCAGAUGCAGAUGCCAACGAUCAUGACGGCGAAAGCUUCUUCUCGCCUCCGGACACGGACACGACUCCCUUGACCGAGGGCCGCCGUCUGACCCCUUCUCUAAAGACGUCGAGUUCCACUUCGAGAGGUCAGCGGCACGAUAGACGACGCAGGUCCAGUGUACGUUGGACCGAUGGCGAGUCGCCUUCGCUUUCACGCGGCCGGGGAUCUCGGCUUGGAGAUGAUCUCCCAACGCUUGAUACGAACACCGGCAUCCAUCGAAAGCUGAGCACCGGCAGUGGUAUCAGUCGUUUGGCAUCCUCGGGGCCAGAAGAGUCUAGCGAACGUUCAAAAUCGUUGUCUCCUUCUCCAUCCCCGAUGGCCAGGGCCAACUCCAUGCUCCGGGAGAUAUCACAACGUGUGGUCAAUUUGAGUAAUGACUCGGACAUGGUAGAACGCAGCAUUCGAAGGAAGUCGUCUGUGCGAGACCAUCGGCGCCCAAGCAUGUCUGCUUCUCCCCUCCCGGACGAGGAAUUGCCGCCGCCGCUGCCGCCCCCGCAGUCACCGCUCGAGAAGGUGCCGUCCGUCGAGGCCUCGCCAGCCCCAACUCUCCCCGUCUAUCGUCCAAACCCGCUGCUGGGAAAGACAUGGGGCAUUUUCGGACCCGAGAACAAGCUUCGCAAAUGGCUAUGCGAGAUUCUAGUGCACCCUUGGACGGAACCGACCAUUCUGGUUUUGAUCGUCGCUCAAACGGUCCUGCUAGCCGUGAACGCCGCAUCUGAUGCAAUAUAUCUUCAGACAAGGAACAGGGUAUGGGGAAGUACCGGAUUCGACUAUGCAAUCCUUGCAUUAUUCAUCGUUUACACGCUCGAAUUGGUUGCGCGCACAAUCGUUUCAGGGUUCAUAUCGAACCCUCGCGAGUUCAGCACCAUCGACCGGUCCCUCGGGUUGAAGAAGGCUGUUCUUCAAAAAGCCCAUUCGCUCCUUGCUCCUCAGCAUGUUCGAGACGUGACAGCUGCAAACAACAAUGCUCCCAAUCAACCCUCCAUCGUCCGCACGUUCACAGGCGUCCCAGAAUCCGGCGGCCCUGGCCACACUAAACAGCAGCAACGGAUUCGGCUUGCUCGGCGUGCCUUCCUCAGGCACUCAUUCAAUCGGCUCGACUUCGUUGCCGUCGUUUCGUACUGGAUAUCCUUCGCCAUGCAGAUAGCUCGUAUCGAAGAUAGCACUCACGUCUACGUCUUCAACAUGUUGAGCUGUCUUCGAAUUUUGCGAUUGCUCGGCCUAACAGCCGGCACCUCUAUCAUUCUGCGGAGUCUGAAAAAGGCCGCUCCUCUUCUGGUCCAUGUGGCGUUCCUGAUAUGCUUCUUCUGGUUGAUCUUUGGCAUUAUCGGUGUUCAGAGCUUCAAAUCGAGUCUAAGACGUACCUGUGUUUGGGUUGGCGACGAUGGUUCUGGCCAGAAUUACACCCUCAACCUAGCACCGGAAAACGUUCAAUUCUGUGGCGGAUACCUCGAUGCUGUGACAGGCGAGCCUAUGCCGUGGCUCAAACUUGAUGGUCGAAACGGGACCGGCUCGUCUAAAGGCUACCUCUGUCCGCAGAAUUCUCUUUGCAUUGAGGGCUCGGAGAGUCCAUACAAUGGAACCGUCAGCUUCGACAACAUUGCCCAGUCUUUGGAGCUGGUGUUUGUGAUCAUCAGCUCGAACACAUUUUCUGAUCUCCUGUAUUAUCUUACAGAUUCGGACUAUCUCGCCGCAGCACUCUUCUUCGCCGCAGGAAUUGUCGUGCUUAGUUUGUGGUUGGUCAACUUGUUGGUUGCCGUUAUCACUUCUUCAUUUCAGAUCAUCCGGGAAGAAAGCAAGCAGAGUGCUUUCACGGCAGAGAAUAUUGACGAGCCGGUGCUCGGCGACGACUCAAUGACCAACCGGAGCCAGCUGAAGAAAAUGUUUGACAAGACCCACUGGUUCUGGAUCCUCCUGAUUGUGUACGAUCUGGUUGUACAGAGCCUUCGCAGUGCCAGAAUGGGGAACGACCGGAAGAACUUCAUCAUGAAUUCUGAAAGUGUCGUCACGUUGCUCCUCCUGGUGGAAAUAGUCGUACGGUUCUUGUGCGACUGGAGAAACUUCUUUCGUGGUAGAAGGAACUGUUUUGACCUCCUUCUUGUCGUGGUCACCAGCAUUAUGCAGAUUCCUCCCAUCAGAGAUUCUGGUCAGCCAUAUGCCUGGCUUAGUGCCUUCCAGAUUGCCCGUAUCUACCGGGUGGUUCUGGCUGUGAGGCUCACCAGGGACCUCGUCAUGGUUGUGUUUGGCAACAUCGUCGGGCUACUCAACUUGAUUCUGUUUGUCUUUCUCUUCACCUUCUUGGCUGCCAUACUCGCAUCUCAGCUGUUUAGAGGCGACUUUCCUCCCGCCGACGCCAGCGGUGAGACGAUUCCGGUGACUUUCUUCAACAUAUGGAACUCCUUUCUCGGUAUGUACCAGGUCUUCUCGAGCGAAAAUUGGACGGAGCUUAUGUACAACGCGACCCAAUUCAACCUUAUCUGGGACACUGCUUGGCUCAGCGCAAUCUUUUUCAUCUUAUGGUUUAUCAUCUCCAAUCUGAUUGUGAUGAACAUGUUUAUUGCUGUCAUCCAGGAGAGUUUUGAUGUGUCCGAGGAUGAGAAGCGGUUACAGCAAGUGAAGGCCUUUCUGAAACAAAAAGAGAUCAGCGGCUCUGCAUCUGGAAAUCUUUCUCUUGCGGCGGUCUUCAAGAUGGGACGAGAAUCCAUCCGACACCGUGAUGCCCUUGAGUAUGGCUCAGCGACGGUCGAACAGCUCUUGAAGGAGGCUGUGGUCAAGGAUUUCUUGGACGACCAAGAGGAGGGUCUGCCGAAGCGUCCAACGUCCAUCCAUCUCCCACACCACAACGUGGUCGAGCCGGGCUUACUUUCCAAAUACUGGGGUAAACUCACAGGGCUCAAUCACCAUAAGGAACCGAAUCCCUUCUAUUCAAGUGCCACGAUUACUCGAGCCAACGAAGAGUUUGAUCCACGCGCCGCCGCAAAGCGGGUGGUCACAACGUCCGAAAACCGUCGUCGCGCACAACGGCAAUACCUGCAGAGGCACCCCAAGUACAACGUGUCCUUAUUCAUUUUCAAACCAGGCAAUCCGAUCAGAAAAAUUUGUCAGUACCUGGUUGGCCCUGGGCGCGGAAGUGAACGGGUCGAAGGAGUCUCGCCAUACAGACCAGCCUGGUAUGCGUUUUCCGCGUUCACAUAUACCGCCAUCGUGGCAAUGGUUAUUCUGGCUUGUAUCACGACCCCGUUGUAUCAGCGAGAGUACUAUCUGAACAAUAACCUGAGCAUCACGAAUUGGUUCAUCUGGACCGAUCUUGGGUUCGCCAUCCUGUUCACGGUGGAGGCGUCCAUCAAGGCCAUUGCGGACGGAUUCUUUUUCACUCCGCAUGCCUACUUUCGGAGUGUCUGGGGCUUCAUCGAUGGCGUGGUACUAAUCACACUGUGGAUUAAUGUUAUCACAACCAUGUAUCGUGAUGAUGGCAUCUCCCGCGCAGUCGGUGCCUUCAAAGCCUUGAGGGCUUUGCGUCUGCUCAACAUCAGCGACACCGCCAGAGAGACUUUCUACUCGGUGAUCAUCAUUGGCGGCUACAAGGUACUCGCUGCAGGCUUUGUCUCGAUGAGUUUACUCAUUCCCUUCGCCAUCCUGGGGGUAAAUCUCUUCAGUGGGAAGAUGCAAGCUUGCAAUGACAGCAGCUUCGGCUACAGUGCGCUGUCCAAUUGUGUUGGAGAAUACAAUUCGACCCCCUUCAACUGGCCUGUACUAGCUCCUAGGCAGGUUGCCAACCCAUGGUACAGCUUCGAUGAUUUCGGCAGCGCUUUGUUCAUCCUCUUCCAGAUCGUCUCUCAAGAGGGCUGGGUCAAUGUCAUGUGGUCCGGGACAAGCGUUACAGGAAGAGGCCUCCAACCGCAACCCUUUGCUGCGCAGGGUAAUGCUGUCUAUUUCAUCGUCUUCAACCUUUUGGGAGCUGUCUUUGUGCUGACACUGUUCAUAUCUGUGUUCAUGCGCAACUACACUGAGCAAACGGGUGUUGCGUUCUUGACCGCUGAACAGCGUUCGUGGCUCGAAUUACGGAAAUUGCUCAAGCAAAUUUCCCCGUCGAAGCGGUCGAUUGGUGACACCAGCGCCAGUUGGAAGAAAUGGUGCUACAAUCUCUCGAUUAAGAAACGUGGAAAGUGGCAACGGCUCAUCACAACCGUGUUGGUCCUCCAUUUGAUUCUACUCACGGUCGACUACUAUCCAGAGCCAGCCUGGUGGGAGACACUCCGGGAAGGCGUCUUCCUCGCGUUUACGGUGAUCCUCAUUGCGAAUAUUGCAAUCAGAAUGUUUGGGCUAGGCUGGCAUCGUUUCAGACGCAGCUCCUGGGACAUCUAUUCCGUGUUUGUCGUGUCGGGCAUUUUCAUCACAUCCCUGAUAGCGCUGGCCAAGGUCAACAGCAGUCGAGGGUUUGAUCAAGUGCACAAGCUCUUCCUGGUCUCGGUAACAUUUCUCCUGAUCCCGCGAAACAACCAGCUGGAUCAACUGUUUAAGACGGCCGCAGCAUCUUUAACACUGAUCGCCAAUCUUCUGGCAACCUGGUUUGUUCUUUUCCUGGUCUAUGCAAUUGCCUUCACCCAGACCUUCGGACUCACGCGCUUCGGAGAUAAUGAGAGUAACAAUGUCAACUUCCGGACAGUGCCCAAGGCGCUUAUUCUUCUGUUCCGCACGAGCAUUGGAGAAGGAUGGAAUCAAAUCAUGGAAGAUUUUGCUACCAUUGAGCCGCCUCUCUGCGUUCGAGAAGCUAGUUUCUUCGACAGCGAUUGUGGCAGUUCGAGCUGGGCCAGGGCACUCUUCAUCUCCUGGAACAUCAUCAGCAUGUAUAUCUUCGUGUCUUUGUUCGUCUCCAUGAUCUUCGAGAGUUUCUCGUACGUGUAUCAGCAGAGCAGCGGCAUGUCCAUUGUCAGUCGAGAUGAGAUUCGACGAUUCAAGCAGGCGUGGGCUGAUUUCGAUCCCAACGGCACCGGAUUCAUUUCCAAGGAGCAGUUUCCUCGACUACUUGGGGAACUGUCCGGUGUCUUCCAAAUGCGCAUUUACGAUGGUGAUUUCACGGUGCGCACCAUCAAAGAGGAUUGCACAGUGCACCCCGGCGACCCCGUGAGACCCGGUGCAAGGGUGGUAGAAGGGAUUGAUCUCGACAAACUGGCGGAACGGGUCAGUCAAAUACCGGUAGCCGAGAUCCGCCGACGACGGGAGCGGAUGAAUGUAUUUUACCAGGAGGUCAUGCUGACGGCCGACCCCGAUCGAGGGAUUCCAUUCACGGCGUGUCUUUUCCUAUUGGCACAUUACAACGUCAUCACCGAUUCACGCAGUCUCCGCCUGGAAGAAUUCCUCCGGCGCCGGGCGCGUCUUCAGAGGGUUCAGGAGACGAUUCGACGCAAUACGGUGGUGGGCUUCUUUGACACUUUGCAUUGGUCAAGAAGAUUCAAAAAGAUCACGGAGAUGAAACGCGACUCGCGGCUCGGCGGGCCACCCUCGCUUCCAGUCCCCGAGAUCUUCAUCGACAACCCGGACGACAUGCUCGAGAGCAGUAGCAGUACGCAACCUCACGACUUUACCUCGACCACGCCAACAUACAGCCCGAGGAGAGGGCCGCCGAGUCUGCCGCCCAUUGACACGUCCUUUCAACCUCGGGACUCGUUGAGGAGCGCUUGGUCGUUUGGCAUGGACAACGAAUCACCGGGAAGCAGUCCGGUCCGGUCGCCUCGAUCGCCCCGUUCGCCGCGGUUGGAAUCCGUGGACACUUCAUACCCCGGAGGAGCGGCGGCGACGAGGGGAGUCUCACCGACCACGCCGACCUUGACGAUCAGCCACAGCCGACAAGGCAGCGACGCCAGCGGCAUGGCAGGAGAGCAAGGAAUCAUGGAGAGCUUUGACGCGUCGGCGUGGGGCGAGAGUAUACGCAGAAGCUUUACGACGAGAAGACCACGAAGUGGUGAUCGAAGUGAUCACGAGUGA